AUGCCCAAGGCCACUUCCUCCACCAAGAACGCGGGCAAGGCCCUGCACAAGUUCUACGUUGACUACUCGGUCCCCGUCAACGACAACGUCUUCGACCCUGCCUCUUUCGAGAAGUUCCUUCACGACCGCAUCAAGGUCGACGGCAAGACCGGCCAGCUUGGUGACUCCAUCCAGAUCACGAAGGAGGCCAACAAGCUCGUCCUCACGUCGCAGCAGUACCUUACGAAGAAGCACCUCAAGAAGAACUCGUUCGAGAACUUCCUCCGUGUUGUUGCCACCUCCAAGGACACCUACUCGCUGCGUUACUUCAAGGUCGACCAGGACGAGGCCGACGACGAGGAGUAA